AUGGCCCUCUCCACCCAAGUACGAUGUAACAAAGUGGCUGAUGCACUUGAAUGGCUCAAACUCAAUCACAUUGACUAUGCUGAUCUUGAGAUAUCUUAUGACAACAUUAAUUCAUAUCCUGAGGAUGAGCCGCCUGUGAUCGUAAACUACUCAAAGAGCAUGGAGUCCAAUGUAGAUCCUGAAGCGUCAGCUGUAAAUGCAAGUGAAGAAGAUGAAGGUGCAGAUGAUGGAGCCUGUCCUUUUGUUGUGCAUGGAUUAACAGGAGCAAGCCUUGAGCACAUGGGAAAAGUCAGACCAUAUGAGAUCACUGCACUACAAUGCUAA